UAUAUCAAAUAUGGAUAAACAUUUUCAGACACGUUUAGUGCAUUGUAAGAGCUUCAACUAGAAUGUUGAAGGGAAUCGCAUUAUUGUGCUUCUUGCUGUUGCUUUGCGGGUACAUCAAGCAUAAUCAUGCCGCGACUAAAGUAUUUUACGAAUUUCACAUACGUGAGCAGAACACUGAACGCAAUGAAACGGUGCUAAGCACUCCAAACAACAAUAAAACAGAAGUCAAGCCCGAUUUGAUUAUAACAGGCAAACACACCUCGAGUGUCCUGCUGAAUGGCAAGGAUGAAAACUCACCCAACAGCGUCUAUACGGAGACAGCCUUCUACACAGCCGACGAUAGCGGCUAUCAUGUCACCCACAACAUAAGCAUCCAGCCAGCUGUACUGGACCCCCAGCUCAACGGCGUAACACUAAAAGUGAUCGUGGGCUAACGGCAAUUGAAUGUAUUACACAAUUGUCUAUAAAUGGGAGCAGGGAGUUACAAUAUACGAACAACUAAUGUCGGAAGAUUAGAAUUAUUUAUUCAAAUAAACCAGCUCAACAGACUGAGCAUGUUUUACAGUA